AAGACGGAAACAAAAGACAGAAACACACGCACACGGGGAACUGGGAGUUGACUGGCAGAUCCCAGCUGCCCUGAGGAUGGUGGCCAGCGGUGGACGUCCUGAUGGUCCCCCUUCUGUCACCCCCGAGAGCCCUCUCAUUGUAGGUGGCAGAGAGGGUAUGGCAGGUCCUUGCUGGAACAUCACCUACGUUCAAGACUCGGUAGGACCUGCCACCAGCACCCUGAUGUUCGUGGCUGGUGUGGUGGGCAACGGGCUAGCACUGGGCAUCCUGGGUGCCCGACGGAGGUCACACCCAUCGGCGUUUGCAGUGUUGGUCACUGGGCUGGCAGUGACGGAUCUGCUGGGCACGUGCUUCUUGAGCCCCGCGGUGUUUGUGGCCUAUGCUCGAAACAGCUCUUUGCUGGGCCUGGCCCACGGUGGGACGAUGCUGUGUGACACUUUCGCCUUCGCUAUGACUUUCUUCGGCCUGGCCUCCACGCUCAUCCUCUUCGCCAUGGCCGUGGAGCGGUGCCUGGCACUCAGUCAUCCCUACCUGUACGCCCAGCUGGACGGGCCCCGCUGUGCCCGCUUGGCUUUGCCUGCCAUCUACGCUUUCUGUUGUCUCUUCUGCUCACUGCCCCUGCUGGGCCUGGGCGAGCACCAGCAGUAUUGUCCCGGGAGCUGGUGCUUCAUCCGCAUGCGUUCCCCCCAGCCUGGUGGCUGUGCCUUCUCCCUGGCCUAUGCCAGUCUCAUGGCCCUGCUGGUGACCUCCAUCUUCUUCUGCAACGGCUCCGUCACUCUCAGCCUCUGUCACAUGUACCGCCAACAGAGACGGCACCAUGGCUCGUUUGUACCGACCUCUCGGGCACGGGAGGAUGAAGUUUACCACCUGAUUCUGCUGGCCCUCAUGACAGGCAUCAUGGUCGUAUGCUCCCUGCCUCUCACGAUCAGAGGAUUCACUCAGGCCAUCGCCCCAGACAGCAGAGAGAUGGGGGACCUCCACGCCUUCCGCUUUAACGCCUUCAACCCCAUCCUGGACCCCUGGGUCUUCAUCCUUUUCCGAAAGGCUGUCUUCCAACGCCUCAAGUUCUGGCUGUGUUGUCUGUGUGCCCGUUCUGUCCAUGGGGACCUGCAGACACCCCUCUCCCGGCCCGUGUCGGGGAGAAGAGACCCACUGGCUCCCGCUUCUCUCCAGGCUAAGGAAGGGAACUGGGUGCCCCUGUCAACCUGGGGUACGGGACAGGUGGCACCAUUGACUGCUGUGCCUCUGUCGGGUGGUGAUGGCUGUUCUGUGGGAAUGCCAUCCAAAACACAGGCUGUGGUUGCCUGCUCCCUCUGCUGAUACCUAAGCUGGUCCUGCUUGCCAUCC